AUGGGAAAGGCCAUACCUGAACGAACUGAUAUCAUAGAUGUACACGGGUUUUGUGACGCAUCCGAAGAAGCGUAUGCGGCCUGUAUCUACAUUCGUUCUCAGAGCAGCGAUGGAAAAUGGCAUUCCAGACUUCUUUGUGCAAAAACUCGAGUGGCCCCGUUAAAAGAAAAUACAAUACCACGACUUGAAUUGAAUGGUGCCUUGUUAUUAACUGAAUUGGCUCAACGGGUCGCUGAUUCAUGGCAAAUCAAUAUUCAUCAGUUCAAACUAUGGACGGAUUCAACUAUUGUUUUAGGGUGGUUGAAUAGACAAAGCAGCCAGCUAAAAAUCUAUGUUGCCAAUCGAGUAGCUCAAAUUAUGGAUAUUACAGAGGUCAGCCAGUGGAAUCAUAUAGGCACGCAGGAAAACCCAGCAGAUAUCCCUUCAAGAGGUUUAAGACCACGGGAACUGUUAACGGCAAGAUUGUGGUGGAACGGACCUACCUGGUUGGAAAGUGAUGAGAAGGAUUGGAUCUUGAAUCCGAUAACCCAUGAUGAUGAGCUACCCGAAGUACGCAAAGUGAAGCUAGUGCUAUUAGUGAUCAAACCGUUGAAUAGUAUAUAUAGAACACUACUCUGA